UUCCGGGCAUGGCACGGGAUGCAGUUCCUCCAGACACUGGUCCUGAGCCAUAACCCCCUGUCUGUUAUCGAGGACACGUGGUUCUUCAAGCUGCCUUCAGUCACUCACCUGGACCUGGGUGCCACACGAGUGACUCGGCAGACGCUGCUCAUGCUGCUCCUGAGAACACCCCGCUUGGAAACACUCAAGCUGUCCAUCGACACGGCCUGCUGCCUCUGCCAGCACAAGCACAGCACUGAGACCCCGUGCAGGACCCUCAGCUUCGACUGCAUGAGCGUGUGCAGCAGCACUGCUCCCCGCUGCGGUAACUGGCCCACAGCCCUGCCCAUGUGCCCCAGCUAUAGUGAACCUUCUGAGCCUGUGUCUGGCAGAAAGCUUCUUGUCACUGAUGUGCUCUUGGUGUGUUACAGCUCCCCUGGCAGAGACACCAGAGCUCCUGAAGGGAACGGUGCCACCCAGGAAAGGGAACAGCAGCUCUGUGUUGAAUCUGCAGCCUAAGGAGCCUUCACUCAGGGAGCAGAGAACCGUCACACUCACAGUUCUCCUGAGCCUGAGCAGCCCCAAUGCAUCAGCACCUUCCUCUCAGCAGCUCUCGAGGCGGGAGGGCAACACCACCAAGGAGUUGACGCUGAUGCUGCAGAGCAUUCAGCACAGGGGCUGGAGCAGCUCUAUUGACACCAGGAGGUUCUACUUUCUAGCAGAGGAGCUCGUGGCACAGCUGAAGAAGAAACUGCACAAGGCCAUGAGCAUCCUGACUGUGAAAAGCCCCAGCACAGCCCAGCCAGCGCAGAGGGACAAGGGGCAGGAGGUGGCAGUAGGGGAGGGAGGAAGAGCCAUAAGCUGGCAGCAACAGGAGCCUGGCUUAGGCUUGACCCGGGCAGAGUCCAUCUUAUGGGAAGCAGUGCGGAGUAUGAACCUCAGCGACAUCCUCCCAGUCUCCAGCUACCAGAGAACACCCACCCCUGCUGCAGCACAGCCCCCUACACAAUACCCAACAGAGGCCUCGCAUCUCGCCUGGUCUGGCAAGAGUCAGGAUCAUUCUGACACCAUGGAGCAGACCAACACGACUGAUGGGAUGGAGAAUGAGGAUAGUGCAGAAGAUGAGGAGGAGGCACCAUCCCCAACACAGGACUCUGCUGGGACAGAUGAGGAGCAGAAGCAGCAGGACACUGAUGGGACAGUGGGCAGCAGGGCUGCAGAAGAAGAGCCCGCAGCAGCAGAGGGUAGAGCAGAGCAGAGACUGAGCACUACCCAGUAUUUCUACUAUGC